AACAACCACAAACCAACAACAGCAAAGCAAAGCAGCACGCCCUCACGCCAUGCCCAACGUCUGCAAGGAGAGCGAGGGCGCGCAUGUUGUGCUCGCCACGUCCUGGGAUCCAGAGCACCCUCCCGAGGCCCUUGUUGAUGGGGAGGAAGGCACAUUCUGGAGCACGACGGGCAUGUAUCCGCAAGAGAUUGUGAUUACGUUCCCAGCCGCAACCCGCGUGACGACCCUGGAAACCAAGAGCGCAUGUAUCAAGAACAUUGUCAUUCAGAAGAGCUCAAACCAAUCCCCAGCGGGAUGGGAUGAUCUCACAUCUACCGAACUGACACACUCGGAAGGACAUGUGCAGCUUGAGGACCACAAGAUUGACCCGUGCAUCAUUCGACACAUCCGCAUCAUCAUCAAGAGCGGCUACGAGCCAUUUGUUGCGCUCUACUCCAUCGUCAUGGAAGGAACGCCCAUCGAGUCGUAACCGGCAGCGUCACCUUCCUCUCCCCAUCCUCAGACAGCAAGGGCCCCGGAGAAGACACCAUCAACCAUGUGCUGACUCGCGAUGCACGCGUGCAGCGGAGCAAGAGAGCGGGUGUGCAAGCUUCAGUGUGUAUGUGUGGGAUUGCGUGAGCGAGUAAGCGAAUGUGUUGAGGUGGAAGGGAGCGAAGUUGCUUGUACACGUGUGUGUGUGUAUGCGCGCAUGCGAGUCGAUGCGUAUGUGCACACGUGUGGAUGCGUUUGUGUCUACUCCGGUUAACUGCGUUCGCAUGUUGUGAGAGGCUCACACACUUGCGCAACGUGUGUGUGUGUGUGUGGGUGUGUGUGUGUGUGUGCGUGUGUGUGUGUGUGCGUGCGGCUGGUAGGAAGGGCAUGUCGUUUGAGAGAGGUUGAACCUGUACACACAGUGAAGAGUGCCAUGCAAAGUAUCUCCACAGUGAUCUGGCUGCAUUGAAGGAACAAGAGCC